UUUGGCUCUGGAGUGCUCUCGGGCACAAGGUCUGGGAAUGCCUAAGACGGGCGCACCAAGGUCAUGCCGUGCGAUUUGUGCAUCAAAAACCGCCAGCAGAACAUCCUGGUCAUUACAGUUGAGGAGACGGAUUCCAUUCGAGAUUUGAGGCAAGAGAUCAAGGCAAGGGUUGCAGCUGAGGCCGACGAACCUCUCGUAUUCAAUGGUGUAGAAUUGGAUGACGAGGAUGCAACGCUCUUGGAGUACAACAUUGUCCCAGAUGAUUGCCCUGGUGGCCCCGUGCUUCACUUGGGCGGCGCUCCUUGGAGAUCUUUUGAUUUGGAGUGUCAGUUGCCCAGCGGUGGACACAUCAAGGAACAUGUCACGCCUGAAACCACAGUGGCGCAACUGAAGGGGCGAAUAACUUCUGAGGUGGGUAUCCCCUACCUCUGCAUGAAACUUUUCGCUGGACGUGUCGAGCUGCGAGAGCCUUGAGUGGCAUUGGUGGCGUGAUGCAGUUUCGGCUUUUGUGGGUGCUCCUUUCAGGUCUACUGAGGUUGUCCAAAUGUUAAGAUUACGCAAACACUUCGCCAUUUCCUCGAUUUGUUUCUGCUUUGAUGGUCUGGCACUUGAAGGCUUGGUUGGGCGCAAGAGAUAGAUUGCAACAAUGGACGUUAAAGGUUAGAAGCGUGGCAAACGCCUAGAUGACAGGAGGCGAAGGAUUGUCGUCCCAAAUGUUGCACCUUUUUCCGGUGUGAUAAAGAGUGACACCCCCAAGCCCGGAUUUGCGCACAUUGGUAAAUCCUGCUGUCGAGUUGAGAUCCUACAAUCGGGCGAUACGCCGACGUAUUGCCGUGCAAGAGGACAGUUGAUUCCAAAGUAGCCUUCAUGGCCUGACAGGGCAGACUUUUGCGUAAAGUGUCGGUGGAACGUUGGAUGUAGCCAGGUUUGAGGGCAGUGCCACUGCCACCAGCCAUUGCACAAGCAGAAGAGAAGAGGAAGGGGCAGAUCAGAGAGGAGAGACUGCGCAGCAGUGCAUAGCAAUGCUGCGUUGUCUCAAGCAAAGCUUUGAUCCUAAAAGCGUGUUAGCUUGUGGUUCCAUCAACGCGUUCUCAAAAGCUACCUUGCCAGCCUUUUUGGAGCCAUCUAAAGCCCCUGACAAUCCCAUCUCCAGCCCAUUAGAAACCAUUGCUUCCAAAUGUCGUCGACAUCCUUGUCGGUUGACCUAUGUGUUCGAUCAAAUGGAACUUGAAGCGUGAUAGAGCGACUCGUUCGGUCUUUUAGUAGAUUCCUUUGCUAGUAAUUACAAUUCUAGUUAAAUUUGUUACUACUAGCAAGGCACUUGUUACUACUAGCUUCUCGUUUCAUGGUUUUUCAGUUUCCAAAAGCACAGUUCCACAGUAAGAAGAAGCUACUAGGAACCCGGGCAUGGCUACUAGGAACAAGAGGCUACGAGUAGCAAGGUGCCUUUUCAAUUCCACACUUGAAGUCAGGCUUUGUGUUUGCCAUUGCUACUAGGGUGGAGGCCAUCGCUAUUAGGAACAAGAAGCUACUAGUAACAAAGGGCAUCGCUACUAGGAGCAAGGACGCUAGUAGGGGCUCCUGGCCUUACUACUAGGAACAAGAACGCUACUAGGGGCUAUUCGCUAUUUGCUUCUCAGUGUUUGGCACCAAGGACCCGCUCCCGUUGGAGCGAUAUGGUCUUUCAGGAGAUUGUGCAGUGCAGGUUAGAGCGACGAGGCCCCUUUAUGCCGGCCCUGCUGCGUGAGUGCGCAGUGAAAGCGUCUUCCAGAGGCCCAAUACAAACAGCAAUUAGAGAGUUUGCGAACACCUGGCAGUAGACUUAGCACUGAGUUACUAGGGUCAACAGAGUGCCUCUCUAGUUUUCAAUGCGUGAGUUGGAGUAGUGUCUCUCUUGGUUCCUUUUCAUGUUUCUAGUUAGCGGCCUCAAAGAGUGCAAAAGUGCGAAAAGGCGUCCUCCCAACUGGUAAUUUGACAUGUCGGCAACCCAUUUUCUUGUGCGGUGACAUGUGGGCUCAAAUCAUAGAGGAAACCCGA